AUGACUGACAUCGAUGGAUACCAGACGAGAAGCAAAGGAAAGAUCUUUCCUGAGAUGAACCAAACGUUCUUCUCUGAUGAUGACUCAGCAGCAACAGAUGAUAAUCGUUCAAACUAUGAGGAUGAGGGAUUCAUUGAUGGAGAUGAUGAAUAUGGCUAUGGUGAAUCUGCAGCUACUACACCAGCGGAAAGUGCUCCUCCAAAACCCAGGAAACCAGCCAAGAAAUCAAAGCACGAGCAAAGCGAUAAUGAGACAGCUAAUAAGUUAGCAGCAAAGAAUGAGAAUUUUCUGUAUGGGACUAAUAGAAAUUUGCCUUCUGAUUUUGUUCCAGAUUCAGUGUCGGGGCUAUUCAGGUCCCACGAUUUCAGCUACUUGAAGCUACGUCCAGACCAUGCGGCUAGGCCCAUUUGGAUCUCACCAAGUGAUGGUAGAGUUAUAUUAGAGAGUUUUUCACCUUUGGCAGAGCAAGCUCAGGAUUUCUUGGUUACUAUCGCUGAACCGAUCAGUAGACCAUCUCACAUACACGAAUACAAAAUCACUGCAUACUCUCUAUAUGCUGCGGUUUCCGUCGGUCUGGAGACAGAUGAUAUCAUAUCUGUGCUAGAUAGGCUAUCAAAGGUUCCCGUGGCACCAUCCAUCAUCAAUUUCAUCAAAAGUGCCACUGUCUCUUAUGGUAAGGUGAAAUUGGUCAUCAAACACAAUAGAUAUUUUGUUGAAACCACACAAGCGGAUAUCUUACAGAUGUUACUGAAGGACCCUGUCAUCGGCACCCUACGUUUAGACACAAAUCAGGCCCAACAACAGCCGCAGCCGAAGGCAAAGAUGGGCACUACCAAUGCGCAGCAAAAUGUAAAUCCAAAUGAUGUUGAAGCCAUGUUCAGCGCAGUUGUCGGUGGCGAUAAUGAACUGGAUGAGGAAGAUGACCUUGAUGCAGUUCAUGCAUUUGAAAUUGCCAAUGCGUCCGUGGAAAUCGUUAAAAAAAGAUGUCAAGAGAUCGAUUAUCCAGUGUUGGAAGAAUACGAUUUCAGGAACGAUCAUCGUAAUCCUGAUUUGGAUAUCGAUUUGAAACCGUCCACUCAAAUUAGACCAUAUCAAGAAAAAUCGUUGAGUAAGAUGUUCGGUAAUGGUCGUGCAAGAAGUGGGAUCAUCGUCUUACCUUGUGGUGCUGGUAAGACUUUGGUCGGUAUUACGGCUGCAUGUACAAUUAAGAAAUCGGCUAUCGUCCUUUGUACCUCAUCUGUUUCUGUCAUGCAAUGGAGACAACAAUUCUUACAAUGGUGUACAUUGCAACCCGAGAAUGUUGCUGUUUUCACUUCUGAUAACAAAGAAAUGUUUCAAACGGAGUCAGGUUUGGUUGUUUCCACAUAUUCGAUGGUGGCUAACACCAGAAAUAGGUCUCAUGACUCUCAAAAGGUCAUGGACUUCCUAACGGGCAGAGAAUGGGGUUUUAUCAUUUUAGAUGAAGUUCAUGUGGUGCCGGCAGCCAUGUUCCGUCGAGUUGUUACUACCAUUGCAGCACACGCCAAAUUGGGGCUAACGGCUACUUUAGUUAGAGAAGAUGACAAGAUCAGUGAUUUAAAUUUCUUGAUUGGACCAAAGCUGUACGAAGCCAACUGGAUGGAGCUUUCGCAAAAGGGUCACAUUGCAAACGUUCAAUGUGCCGAAGUUUGGUGUCCUAUGACGGCUGAAUUUUAUCAGGAGUACCUCAGAGAGAGUGCAAGAAAGAGAAUGUUGCUGUACAUCAUGAAUCCCACAAAGUUUCAAGCUUGUCAAUUUUUGAUUCAGUAUCAUGAAAGAAGAGGUGACAAAAUCAUCGUAUUUUCCGAUAACGUUUAUGCAUUACAAGAGUAUGCUUUGAAACUGGGUAAGCCUUUCAUUUUCGGUGCCACUCCUCAGCAGGAACGUAUGAACAUUUUGCAAAAUUUCCAAUUUAACGACCAAAUCAAUACAAUUUUUUUAUCGAAGGUUGGUGACACAUCCAUUGAUUUGCCUGAGGCAACCUGUUUGAUUCAAAUAUCAUCACAUUAUGGUUCUCGUCGUCAAGAAGCUCAGAGAUUGGGAAGAAUUUUAAGAGCUAAAAGACGUAACGAUGACGGUUUUAAUGCAUUUUUCUACUCGUUAGUCUCAAAAGAUACCCAGGAAAUGUAUUAUUCUACCAAGAGACAGGCAUUCUUGGUGGAUCAAGGUUACGCAUUCAAAGUCAUUACACAUUUGCAUGGUAUGGAGAACUUACCAAAUCUAGCAUAUGCGUCCGCAAGAGAACGCAGGGAAUUACUGCAAGAAGUUCUGUUGAAGAACGAGGAAGCUGCAGGUAUAGAGAUUGGAGAUGACGCAGAUAACUCGGUUGGACGUGGAGUGAACGCGCAUAAGAAGGCAAAGUCCAAGGCUGUCAGGGGUGAAGGUUCUCUGGCUGGUCUUGCUGGAGGUGAAGAUAUGGCAUAUAUGGAGUACAGCACUAAUAAGAAUAAGGAUUUGAAAGAGCAUCAUCCACUAAUUCGGAAAAUGUACUACAAAAAUUUGAAAAAGUAA